GAGGCGGGGCGCGGCCACCAGGCAAACUCAUUCCUCCUCGCGGUUCCCCAUGCAGGGCUGGGGGGGGUUGUGUGUGGAUAAUUCAAUCCUCGUGGGACUCGGCGUCAGGCCUCGGCCAGGCCUGGGUGGAUUGGCUGUCUCUCUUUCCCCCGCCCUCGGUACUCACCCCCACCCCCACCCCGUGUCCCAGGUGGCUCGGGCCCCUGUGGUGAUCUCUGUUUACCGGAGAGCGCGGUCCAAGUUGGGCUCCAUCUCUGCACUGGCUAGCUGCUAGGCAGAGCCCUGCCUGCCGGAAAGCGCGGAGAAAAUCCGGCCGAGCCCACCUUCGCCCUUUCCCUCCCCCCAACGCCGGGAGAGGUCGGCAGACGGCGAUGACCCCCAAGCCGGCCGGACCCCCGGACGGGGGCUGGGGCUGGGUGGUGGCGGCCGCAGCAUUCGCCGUGAACGGGCUCUCCUACGGGCUCUUACGCUCCCUGGGCCUUGCCCUCCCCGACCUCGCGGAGCACUUUGAACGAAGCGCCCAGGACACUGCGUGGGUCAGCGCCCUGGCCUUGGCCGUGCAGCAGGCAGCCAGCCCAGUGGGCAGCGCCCUGAGCACUCGCUGGGGGGCACGCCCCGUGGUGAUGGUUGGGGGAGUCCUAACCUCGCUUGGCUUGGUCUUCUCGGCUUUCGCCCGAAGCCUCCUGCACCUCUACCUCGGCCUGGGCCUUCUCGCUGGCUCUGGCUGGGCCCUGGUGUUCGCCCCAGCCCUGGGUACCCUCUCUCGGUACUUCUCCCGCCGUCGAGUCUUGGCGGUAGGGUUGGCGCUCACUGGUAAUGGGGCAUCCUCGCUGCUCCUGGCACCUGCCUUGCAGUUCCUCCUUGAUACUUUCGGCUGGCGGGGUGCCUUGCUCCUUCUGGGCGCUGUCACCCUUCACCUCACACCCUGUGGCGCCUUGCUACGACCUUUAGCUCUCUCUGGUGACCCGCUGGCCCCACCUCGCACCCCCCUAGCUGCCCUCGGCCUAGGUCUGUUCAAGCGCCGGGCCUUUUCGGUCUUUGCUUUGGGCACUGCCUUGAUCGGAGGAGGAUACUUUGUCCCCUACGUUCAUUUGGGUCCGCACGCUUUAGAUCAGGGCAUGGGUGGUUACGGGGCAGCGUUGGUGGUGGCUGUCGCUGCAGUGGGAGAUGCCUGUGCCCGAUUGGUCAGCGGAUGGCUGGCAGACCAGGGCUGGGUGCCCCUUCCGCGGCUUCUGGUGGUGUUUGGGUCUCUGACUGGAUUAGGGGUACUGGCAGUGGGACUGGUGCCCACUGUGGGGACGGAGGAGGGUUGGGGGGCUCCUCUGCUAGCCGCUGCUGGGGCCUAUGGCCUGAGCGCCGGGAGUUAUGCACCACUGGUUUUCGGUGUGCUCCCGGGGCUGGUGGGCAUUGGAGGUGUGGUGCAGGCCACAGGACUGGUCAUGAUGUUGAUGAGCCUCGGGGGACUCCUGGGCCCUCCUCUGUCAGGCUUCCUAAGAGAUAAGACAGGAGACUUCAGUGCCUCUUUCCUGGUGUGCAGCUCUUUCAUCCUCUCCGGCAGCUUCAUCUAUAUGGGGCUGCCCAGAGCCCUCCCCUCCUGCCGUCCAGCCUCACCUCCAGCUACCCCUCCACCUGAGAGGGGGGAGCUACUCCCAGUUCCACAAGUCUCUCUGCUCUCCGCAGGGGGCGCUGGCUCCAUCCGGGAUACCACUUGUUGAUCAUUUUCUUGGUUGACCCCUUCCCUAAUAAAUAUUUUUUAUCUUUGC